AUGAUAUUCAACUUCCUCUUAGUUCCGACCCUGCUUUCAUCGGUAUCAGCAUCCCCACUUGCAGCUCCCGCAACCGGAUUUCCAGACGACGGUGUCUACCGCUGGAAAGUGACAGAGUAUUUCGCUGAAUGUGUGGGUGAUUGCAGUUACAGUAGGAGAACCAUCCAAAUAAAACGUGCCUCCGAAACUAACAUCAAUCCCAGGAUAUAAAGUCGAGGGAGAAAAAUUCGGCGCAAGCGUUCCUGCAUUCGUUGGCGAAUGCAAUGGGACCCACACCAAGGCAUUCCAGGACGUGGGACAAGAAGGUGUAUUCGAAGCAUGCAACAUCACUGACCAAGGAUCCAGUAGCAGGAAAUAUUUUACGAGGAUAUUGGACAAGGCAAGGUUUAACAAUACUCUUAAAGUACAAGGUCGUCUCCAAUUCGAGGAAGGAGGGUAAGCGUUUUGAUAUGCGUAUAUAUACGAGUUAGAAAAAUACUGACGAGAUAAAUAGUUCAAAGAAAGUGUUAAACUUCACUAGCGCCGGUCUCGAAAUUCAAUUCGGCGUGUCAGACCCAAUACAUUUCAACAUCGAUAAUAUCGACAAUGGAGUGGAAGUCAAGCCCUGA